AUGAUGUUACACAGACAAGCUAUCAGCAGUCGGAUGACGAGGAUGCUUCCAUCAUUUGUCAGGUCGAUGGCCACCACAGAGACACCUUUGGAUGCAUCAAAGGUGAAAAUCAUCAAGACAAACACCCCAUCGAAGGCCCAGCCUAACGAUCAAUUGGUCUUUGGUAAGACUAUGACCGAUCAUAUGUUGACUAUCGAGUGGAACAGAGGAAAGGGUUGGGCAACUCCCGAGAUUAAGCCUUACGCUCCUUUGAGCUUGGAUCCUUCUUGUUGUGUUUUCCAUUAUGGGUUUGAGCUGUUUGAAGGUUUGAAGGCCUACAGAACAUCUGAUGACAAGAUUUCGAUGUUCAGACCAGAUAUGAACAUGAAACGUAUGAAUAAGUCUGCAGCCAGAAUCUGUCUGCCUACUUUUGAAUCUGAAGAGUUAAUUCAUUUGAUUGGGAAGUUGAUCCAGGAGGAUAAGCAUUUGGUGCCAGAGGGCACUGGCUACUCUUUGUAUGUGAGACCAACAUUGAUUGGUACCACCAACACUUUGGGUGUCAGCGUUCCAGACAAGGCUCUUUUGUUCGUCAUCUGUUCUCCAGUGGGUCCUUACUACAAGACUGGUUUCAAGGCCGUGCGUUUGGAAGCCACAGAUUAUGCUACUAGAGCUUGGCCAGGUGGUGUCGGUGACAAGAAAUUGGGUGCCAACUAUGCUCCAUGUAUCUUGCCACAAUUGCAAGCUGCUGAGAGAGGUUACCAGCAAAACUUGUGGCUAUUUGGCCCUGAGAAGUACAUUACUGAGGUUGGUACUAUGAACGUGUUCUUUGCCUUCCAGAACAAGGAAACUGGUAAGAAGGAAUUGGUUACCGCUCCUCUUGAUGGUACCAUCCUAGAAGGUGUUACCAGAGACUCUGUUUUGGCACUUGCUAGAGAGAACCUCGAUCCAAAUGAAUGGGAGGUCAACGAACGUUACUUCUCUAUCAACGAGGUCGCUGACAGAGCUGCCAAGGGUGAGCUAUUGGAAGCCUUUGGUUCCGGUACCGCAGCUGUUGUUUCUCCAAUCAAGGAAAUUGGAUGGAAAGGUAAAGACAUCUCCGUCCCAUUGUUGCCAGGCGAGCAGAGUGGUCCAUUGACUAAGCAACUCGCUAGCUGGAUCGCAGAUAUCCAAUACGGUAGAAACAAGCAUGAUAACUGGUCCCAAAUCGUUGCCGAGUUGAAAUAA